UAAAUCCACGAUUUAUGGAUUUACAAAUCGCGGAUAAAGUGCUGCAAAGUGCAAUAAGUUUAACCACAAUGAACAAUUUGAAGAACAAUUUGAAUUUGAGAACUGAUGAAACAAAUCCAAGUACAAGCAUAAACGCAAAAGUGGCAACUGACGAUUGUGGCAUUAGCGACGAUGAAGAGUCUGGGAUUGCAAUGGAUUUAAGCGAUUAUAUUAUUAAAGACGGGUCAAGAAAUUCAGGCACAAACUCUGACACCGAUACCGCCGACGAAAGUCAAGUCAAGAAAUUUGAAAUUAAAAGCCAGGCUGAAGCUAUAAAAUAUCUGCGUGCCAUGCAAAAAUAUGCGAUGUGGCAGGAAAACUUUCAGGCUAUUGGACUGCUAAUGGAAGCCGAAAAUGUUAUAGCAUACCCACCUGAUCAGGCUGACUUCGAACUAAGUUAAUAAAAGACGCAGCCUGAAAAUAGUAAAUAAUUCCGAGUUCUAGAUAAGAAGAGAGGAAAUGUUAGUAAAAACCAUAGGCUUAACUAUUUACUAUAAGUUUUGAACUGAAUAAAUAAUAGUUGUGAAAACUGAAGUCUAAGUUAAUGUAGAACCAGAAGAAUAACAAAGCUAUUAUUAAUACUACACUUUGUACAUACAUAUAAUAAUAAUGCUGCAAAAAUCUUAAUUCGAUAUAAGUUUUGUUGAGAAAAAAAUAAAGAAUAAACCAACA